UUGGGAUCUCACUGGAUGAGGGUGGAGGUGGAGAUGCCAUAAAUUUUGACAUAGAGGUGAGUGAAGAAGCUGCAAUUAAUUGGGGAGAAGAUGCUGAUACGAGUGGUAUUACAUUGGGUUCAGACACUACAACCACUGAUGAUGGUGUUGCUAGGGGAGUUGAUGCUCUCACUCUCCUAGACAACCUAGACACAAGGAAUGCAUUUGUUAAUGACAUAUUAGAGCUUGAAUUUUUCUUAAGACAACGACUGAAAGAAAUGAAAGGAGAAGCCGACAUUCUCUCGGUCAAUCAGUUUCAAGGAGCGCCCUCUAUAUGUCAAAUGCAGACAGUUGAUGAUGUAAAUUCCAUGUUGAUCUUGGUACAGGAUGUCUUGAGUCAUCUCCGUGACUCCACCGUACAACACUUCUUGAUGAUUAAAAGCUCACCAAGGUAUGUUGACCGUCUCGCAGACUCACUGAAGGAAAAACUUGUUUACCAAGAAAAAAUGAUUGCAAGUCAAAAAGCAGUUGUGGAGAAACGACAGGCUUCUUUGGAAGAACAGAGAAAACUGGAGCCCAAGCUGGACACUCUGAUUAUGAAAACAAGAGAGCUUAAGCAACAAAUUGAACAAGAAAUUUCUAAAAAGUACAAGAACCGACCAGUUAACUUAAUGGGAGCCGUCAACAAUGUUUUAUCGUAGAAAACAAAAGAUGAAGAUAAUAUAUUUAUUCAAUUUUCCUGCAAACUUCCCCUCGACCCUGAAGUAUAAAAUGGCAUAUUAGUGGGAAAUGUGAAAGUUGGAACCAAUACUCUUUUAUUCCACCUAAGAAUAUAAAUAGUGAUACAGUAGUCUAUAAAACAAUAGACAAUAUUUAAAAGAGAAAUUCAUAUAAAUUACCACACCACUUCAUUAUGUUAACUGAUUAUUGAAAAGCAAAUAGAAUUCUAAAUAAAUGAACAAAAAUGAAAUAAUUUUUUUGGCAAGAAGCAUCAUUUUAUUUGCAUUCUACACAUUAUGACUUUGAACAUUCACUAGAAUAUAAUCAAAUUCAAAAAA